AUGAAGCACCAUGCGUUGUGGGACGCAGUGUACGCAGAGGACUACCCGCUUGUCCAACGAAUCCUGGAAUCGCCCGCAGGCGCCGAGAGCGUGAAUGUCUCGCACGGAGUGUGGUGCAACAUGCCUAUCCAUGUGGCUGUCCAAAAAGGAAAUCGAAAGGUCCUCAACAUCCUCGUCGUGUUCAAGGCCGACGUCAACGCCAUGAAUAUCAACGGCACGACGCCUCUGCACGUAGCCGUCGAGACAAGGAACCACGAUCUUGUCCAGUAUCUCCUGGAAUGCGAUGCCAAGCCAUCCAAACGCAACUUCACGCGCAAGUCGCCGCUGGAGAUGGCUCGCAGUAUGAUGGAGAAAGAGUUGGUGAAGAUGUUAGAGGAGAAGCACAACCUUGACAUGGGGCGCAGAUCUACUACCGCCGACACGCUCAUGUGA